AUGUUAUAUAAGAGAGUUAUGUUUUUUGUUUACGACUAUUAUUUAAUAAAUUAUUUUAACAAAAUAAGCUUCAAUGGCUUCAAGUUUAAUAAACAAUUAUUUUUUAAUCAUAAAUUUGUUGUCGAUUGUCAUGUAUUCAGUGGCUAAUCCAAUAAAUGGUGAUAUCAUAGACACAGAUGUUUCCAACUUGGACAAAAAUAAAUUAAAUGUCAAUUUAAAUGAGCCCCAGGUCUACAUUUCCGAUGAUCAUCGGAUUCAACGGUGCAAAGAGAUGCACCCGACCUAUGAUUACGACCAUCUCAGUGAAGACGAUCAGAGCGAAUUAAGCGACAAAAUAGAUCUAAAUCCCUGUCGAGUCGAUUGUGUCAUAUAUGAGAGUAGUAUGGAUAGCACCGGGGCUGCCUUUUGGCCGCACAUGAAGUUCUCGCGUCUUAUAUGUGUGGCACUGAAGAGGGAAGGGAUUGAGGAAAGAGAGUAG